AUGUCGGCUCCAACUGGAAUUCCAACAUACACAUCUGCGCCUCUGAACUCCAAUCAGAAAGAUGAGAGCACCACUGCUGCCAAACCAGAGCCUCAGCCCGCCACCGCAAUCGAGACCUCGACUACCACAUCUCCCCAAUCUCCUAACGCCGCAGCUACUGCUACUGCUACAGCACCCUCAUACUCUCCAAUCUACGCCACAACCUCCAAUCCUCCUUCAGCUGGGCCCGCCGCAGCGGCAAGUCUGCCAGCGCCAACGGCAGCUCCCUUCUCCCAAGCAUCAGGGAACCUCACUGCAACCCCAACUACCAUUCCUUCUUCGACUUCUCAAUCACCACCCGCACCACAGCCAGGAUAUAUUCCAACUCCACCGGUAGCCGGCUACACCCCAACAGCUCCUUCGCCGAUACCUCCGCCUCCCAAGGUCGGUGAAGCCGUUUCUCCAUCUACACAAUCUACAGCGCCACCUACCCAAACUCCCUACGCCCAAUCAUACGCCUACCAGCGUCCUUCAGUCUCACACACUGCUGUUCCAAACUCCACGUCCUCACCCUAUACAUCGGUCUAUCGUACUUCCUCCGAUGCAGGUUCCUCGCAGCCACAGGGCUUGCCUUUGCACUAUAGUGGUGGAGGUGGAGGUGCAGACAAUAUCUUCCCCGAGGACGAGGAACCAGGUUUCUUGAGCUCGGCGAAGGGCUGGAUGCAGAGUGCUGGUACAAAGCUGGCGGAAGUUGAGGCAGAGGUGUGGAAGCGCAUCAAUGAUGUCCAUGGGAAAUGA